AUGGAGAGAAUGAACAGCGACGGCGGUUCUUCAAUUAGAAGACGUUCAUUGAGCUUGUUAAGUCAUAUAAUCCAUCACACAGAUAAUGAUGUUGAUUGUGAGAGUGUUUCAGAAGCUGGUGACAUAGGUGAUCGAGCUCUUCCGAGCAGACGGUUCAACGAGAGCAACAGUUUCCAUUCAGAAAAUGGAAGUACUGUUAUUACAAACUCAUCUGUUAGACCUUUUCCACAAGAACUCUCAUCCAUCCCACAUCUUUCUACUGAUACAACGGUUGGUUCUCAUGACUCAAAACUUGAACCUCCUAAAGGUUUGCUACUAGACUAUGUUUCAUGUAUGGCUCACUUAGAGUUGUUAAAUAUAUUCAUAUUGAUGAUGGCACUUAUGCUAAUACAGAAAUUGUCACAAUAA